AUGUUUCGUCGCCGUUGGUCAGGCCUUCCGGCUGAACCAAAGUUCGCCCCAGAUCUCAAGAAGCUCAGUUAUUUCAUCAACGAGGAUGAUGAAGUUCGCUACGUGCAUGACCCCGACUUCUACUUUAAGUAUUUUUCGACCAAGAACACGAGGUACAACGACUGCCAGCGCUUCGCAUUCGACCAGGCAGUCAAUCAAAUCAUCGACUCACGGCUCGAAGCCGAGGGUCUAAAGGAAGUCCUCCUCCCGCUCGGGGUUGCCAGCAAAGAUGAACCUCACGUCAAAAUCCGUCUCAGCGAGAAUCUCUCUAACAAGUCACGCGUCGUGAUCAUCUUCGGCCAGUCUAGCCAGGACUUUGGCAUUCUGGCGCACCGUGUCGCUAGCGGACCGGGUGGUCUCAACAAGGGCUCGAUGGUGAACAUAGUCAAGGCUCUCAAGCAGCAGAAGUCUUCCGCCACCGACGACGCUGCCCCUGGUAUCAUUCUCGCCAACCCCGGUAACCUCUGGUGGUGGCCUGAGGGGAAGAAAGGGUUGAGUGAAUUUGCUCGUCACCAGAUUCCGGGUAGCAGUCUGGUUCACUGGGGCUGGCACCAUGAUCCAGCGAGGAACAGCAUUUCGGAGAAUGCCAAUCCGACGGAGCAUCUCAAGUAUAUCUUUGAGAAGGUGGUGCCACAGUUCGUCAACGACAAGGCCAAGAUCGAUGUCAUCGCGCUUGGUGACAUGUCGGACGAGGUGGAGCAGUAUCUCGACAAUGACGAUGUUUGGGCGAAGAUCGGAUACAGGCUGAACGCUCUUGUGGUGCUGGGUGGUUAUUACGAUAUGCGUAAGGCAAACUGCCAGGGCUUCAAGAAGUUCAUGGAUCAGCGUGGGCGCGCCUACAUCAUGAAUCAGGACCCCCUUGACACCCUUAUUGCUGGUCCCGAGGGCGGCAGCCGCGCCGUCACCGGCUAUGUCGGCUACGGUUGCCCUACCUACAGUGUCGGCCCGAACGCCUUCAUCAUGGAGCUUGUGCUCGUCGAGGCCGGUUCAGCGGUCUUGAAGUGGCUGCAGGAUGUCGCCCUGGACAAGGAUUACGUUAACGAGAGAGUUCACAUCUUCUUCCCGGAGGAAGAGGAGGAUGACGGUAAAUGGCCAGGAUGGGAUAAGGACGACGACGAUGAGUCUAAGGGGUCCAAGGAAAUCGAGGAACAAGACCAUGAAGAGACCAAGAGGGUCCAAGUCAGAGUCCAGAGAGAUGCCCAGCCUCCUAAGAUGGAUAAAUGCGAGGGUAUCGACGCGGAGUUAGUCAAGGAGAUUGCCAAGAGAGAAAGGAUGGCGGAUGGCAAUGCCGACUCAGAGGAGGAGACCUAA